GCUUUGUGUCCCGGACUCACAGCAGCAGAGUGAACAGGUGAACACGAGAGCUUCAGUCGCCUGCUCGUGAAUGGAGUGAAAUCAGUCCGUCACAGAUUGAUGGGUUUUUUAUUUUAUUUUUUUAAAUGAUGAAUGUAUCUACUUCCGUGGAGGGUUGGACAGUUUUCAGCUCACUCGCUUUUCUUUUUUUCUGAAGUCAACUAAUUCCUCGUCUGUUUUUUAAGCAGUUGAACCUGCUGUCUGUAUUAUUUCAAAUGGCUUUUGCUAAAUUCAGCAAGAUCCUCCGUCUUCCUACAAUUGACGUGAAGAAGAAAACCAAACAAUAUGAGCACGUUCAUCGGGAUGUAAACCCUAACGACAUUUGGGAAAUCAUCGGGGAACUGGGGGAUGGCGCUUUCGGCAAAGUUUAUAAGGCCCAGAAUAAAGAAACCGGUGAGCUAGCUGCAGCCAAAGUCAUCGAAACCAAAAGUGAAGAGGAGCUGGAGGACUACAUGGUGGAGAUUGACAUCUUAGCAUCCUGCAACCAUCAGUACAUCGUCAAACUGCUCGACGCCUUCUUUUACGACAACAAUCUGUCGAUAAUGAUCGAGUUUUGCCCCGGAGGUGCUGUCGAUGCCACUAUGUUAGAGCUGGACAGGGGUCUCGAAGAGCCUCAGAUCCAGGUGAUCUGUAAACAAAUGCUGGAGGCUCUUCAGUAUCUCCACAGCAUGAAGAUCAUCCACAGAGACCUGAAGGCUGGAAACAUUCUCCUCACACUGGACGGAGACAUCAGGCUAGGUUUGUAUCAAAAGGAAUCAGACAGAUCAUCUGAUUUCAAUCGGGUGCGGUUUAAAACUGACAACCACAGUUAUGGAAUUAAACAAGUUGAUUUGUGCCUUUGGUUUUGGAUCGUUCCUGAUGUCUCCUGUAUGUUCAGGAUGGCUCCAGAGGUGGUGAUGUGUGAGACCAUGAAGGACGCUCCGUACGACUACAAAGCCGACAUCUGGUCUCUGGGCAUCACGCUGAUCGAGCUGGCUCAGAUAGAGCCGCCCCACCACGAGCUGAACCCCAUGAGGGUCCUGCUAAAAAUCGCCAAGUCUGAGCCUCCCACCCUGGAGAAGCCUGCCAAGUGGUCGAUGGAAUUUAAGGAUUUCCUGAAAAAAGCUUUGGACAGAAACCCUGAGACGAGGCCGACGGCUGCUCAGCUUCUAGACCAUCCUUUCGUCAGUUCGGUGAAGACCAACCGUCCGCUGAGAGAGCUGGUGGCCGAGGCCAAAGCUGAGGUGAUGGAGGAGAUCGAGGACAAUCAUGAAGAAGCAGAAGACGAGGACCCUGCUGACCUUUCACCUGCACAGGCCCCCAUCACAGACCCGUCAGAAACCAGCGAGACCAGUUUAAAUGGGGACCAUCGCCACAAUGGAGCUCCAAUGGAGCUCGAGGAGGAGCCCGGGACUCCUGUGUCCACCGAAACUCCUUUGAAAGAGCAGGAGGACGAUCUCAGCGGCAAGUUGCCAGAGGAGGAUCACGACAAACCUGAGAGCGAGGCAUCAGGCAAGACCUCCAGCACUGACUCCGGCAUCGAGGAUGGAAAGAGUACACCCACCUCCGAGGAGGACGCCAAGGUGGUCGAGAGCUCAGAACCAGAGCUACCUUUGCUGAGAACACCAGAACCUUCAGAGUCAUCCGAAUCUUCCACCGAGCAACCCUCAGAGAAACCAGAGGAACCGGAAGAACCGGAGGAACUGGAAGAUGCUCACAGUGCAAGGGAGAUGCCUAGCCAGCAACCGCAUGCCAUGCUGAACCAAACCGAGUCCAAGGAGCCGACCAAUCGCAUGUCUGUGAUGAGCGACAGGUCCUCUUUGGCUGGUGAGGAUGUGGAAAGUUUGCUGCCUCACGCCAACGGCAGGUUAUCAAAACGAUACUCCGAUGUGACGAGUGAGAACAUGGACAUCAGCCUGAACCUGUCCGGUGAUAUGUCCGUCAACAAAGACUUGGGCACCAUCUCUUUACGGGACUCCAAGAAGACGCUCAAACGCACGCGUAAGUUCCUGGUGGAUGGUGUGGAGCUGAGCGUCACCACCUCCAAAAUCAUCACCGAUGAUGAGAAGAAAGACGAGGAGAUGAGGUUCCUCAGGCGUCAGGAGCUUCGAGAUCUGCGUCUGCUGCAGAAAGAGCAGCAUCGUGCCCAGGCUUUGCUCAACUUGAAGCUGAAAGAGCAGCGGGAGCAGAUGCAGCGCAGAUUCGACCAGGAGAUGAAUGCCAAGAAGAAAUACUACGACACGGAGCUGGAGACGCUGGAGAAACAGCAGAAACAGACCAUCGAGAGAAUGGAGACGGAGCACACGGUACGACUGCGGGACGAGGGCAAACGCAUCCGCGCCGAGCAAGAGAAAGCCUUCACCAAGUUCCUGGACCAGAUGAAGCACAGGAAGAAAGAGGUCAAACAAGAAGUGGAGAAACUGCCCCGGAGUCAGAGGAAAGAAAGCCUGAAGAUCAAAAUGAACAACUUUCAGCAGCUGAAAUCAGACGAGGAAGAGAAGUUCCUGGCAGAUCAGAGGGAGUUUCUGGACUCGACUCUGAAGAGCAUCAUUGCUCAAAACAAGCGGGAAAUCUCCGAGACGGAGCGCCAGUGUCUCAUCAAGAAACAGGAUCUCCUUAGAGAGCGAGAGGCCACUGUCUGGGAUCUGGAGGAGAAGAGCCUGCACGAGAGACACCAGCUCCUCAAACAGCAGCUGAAGGACCAGUACUUCCUGCAGAGACACCAGCUCCUCAAGAAGCACGAGAAGGAGCAGGAGCAGAUGCAGUGCUACAACCAGCGUAUGAUCGAGCUGCUCAAGGCCCGACAGCAGCAGGAGAAGAACAGGCUGCCCAAGAUCCAGCGCAGCGAGGCCAAAACACGCAUGGCCAUGUUCAAGAAGAGCCUGAGGAUCAACUCCAGCGGAAGCUCCGCAGAAGACCGCGAGAAGACCAAGCAGUUCUCCAGGCUGGAGGAGAAGAGGCAGAAGGCCGAGCGCUUGCACCAGCAGCAGAAACACGAGAACCAGAUGAAGGAGAAGAUCAGCGAGUGUGAGGGAAACGCCAGAGAGCUGCAGCAGCUGCAGAAUGAGAAGUGUCACCUGCUGAUAGAAAACGAGACGCAGCGUCUGAAGGCUGUGGACGAGCAGCACAACCAGCAGCUGAAGGAGUGGAGGGAACACCUCAAGCCCAGGAAGAAGGUUCUGGAGGAAGAACUGAACCUGAAGAAGAAAGAACAGGAGCUUUUCUUCAAGAUGAGUGAAGAAUCCCAGUGUCAGAACGUCGGCUCACCAAACAAAGUCACGAAGUUCCUCCCGUACAUCGACUCGUCCAGCACAUGAGCUCCCGUGUUUGAUUGAGGUGCGCGACACUUUUCUGGAGCGUGGCCAGAUUGGUCUGUAAGUGCACAGGAAUCAGUGAAUGCGGUUUAAAGCAGCGGCGUCUCUUUACAGCACAGUCGCCUGAAACAGCAUUCAGAUCCCACUUUAUUGAUUUAAUAGCAGGCGACGGAGAUGAACGUACAUUGAUGGAUUCAUUUAAACGCUGCUGAAUGAGAAAUGAGGCAUUGAACUGCACAACAAGAACAGCUCUGACAGACCAGCUUGCCUUAGUUUAUUUAAACUUAGUUUGUAUUGCCAAAUAUAUUGUACAAACCUUGCAUAUUCUUCUGUUUUUAUUUUUUCUAGGAUCAGUUAAUAUAUGCAUAAAUAUAUAUAUAUAUAUAAAGUUGCAACAUAGCCCUUUUCUUUUAUAACCAGUUUCCUUGUAAAUGUUUAAAAUGCUGAAAAAAGGAACUUGUGUUUUAAUAUUUUUUUUUAAGUUUUUCUGAAAAAGUGUACUUUUUAAUUGGUACAUUAAGUUGAGUGUUUUUGUUGUUUUAUGUAUUAGACAGCAACUAAAUUGCCACUUUUAUUAUUCUGCAGUGUUCAACAAAAUGUGAGUUUAUUGUCUGCCACUGGCACAUUUACUGUAAAUGCAUCACACUGGACGAGACCAGAGCGAUGUGACCCGCGACUCCAAAGUUCACGGCUUCAGAAAUGUGUUUACGCAUGUUUUCUCGUUUAUUGUUGCUCAUGUUGCUGUUACUGUCACCUAACCAAAGUGCAAUACGUUGUUGUGUUCCGAUUUUAUACAUUUGUUGUUUUACAUCAGCUUCCAGUCUUUAGCCAUUUGAAGGAUUUAUAUUUACAGAAGCAAUACCUGAAGCCUGAAGGUAUGAGGAUUUUACGUCUUUUUUUAUGUCUGUGGAGCACAAUGUUGAUCGUUCCUUUCUGUAACUCUGAGUAACCAAAGCUUCAGCGUGGAUGAUGAGAAACUGUCCUGUCAGAGUAUCUAUAAUAAAUGAGAUGUUUAUCUUUU